CCGCUUCUCAGAGCGCAAACUCACUCUCAUCAGCAUCUUCUCUGCAGUUUCGCAGCUCGGAGACGAGUCAGGAUGUUUUACUUUCACUGUCCGCCUCAGCUGGAGGGAGAGUGCUGUCGCUCCAACACACUUAAUUCAAGUGGAUUUGCCAAUCACGCCCCGGCAGAUUUUGACGAUGGGUUUCUACGCAGGAAGCAGCGCAGAAACAGAACAACAUUUACUUUGCAACAGUUGGAGGCUUUGGAGGCUGUCUUUGCCCAGACUCACUACCCGGACGUGUUCACCCGCGAGGAGCUGGCCAUGAAAAUCAACCUGACCGAGGCCAGAGUGCAGGUUUGGUUUCAGAACCGCAGAGCAAAGUGGAGGAAGACUGAGCGGGGGAGCUCUGACCCUGAUGUUGGGAAGGAGCAGAUGAGUGAGGGCUCUCCAUCAUCUCGCAGCAUCAACUCUCAGUCCCCUGUGGAUCAAGGAAGAAAACAAAAAGAACCUCUGGAGAUGCAACAAAGUAUCAACAGAACAGUGGGUCCUGGCGCUCCAUUCUUCCCAUCCUGUAUACCAAGCACACUCCUGAACUCUGCCACCUAUGCCCAGGCCCUCUCACAAGUUGCUACGCUGAAAGGCAAUGGCUUGUGCUCUUGCUGUGUUUCUGACCCCAUGGGCCUAUCCUUCCUGCCACCUUAUGGUUGUCAGGGCAACCGAACAGCCAGCGUGGCUGCCCUGCGCAUGAAGGCCCGUGAGCACUCAGAGGCUGUGCUGCAGUCUGCAAACCUUCUCAGCGCAGCAGCCGGACCUGGUUCCAGCAUAGGUGUUCUUUCUGGAGUUGGUGUUAGUACAGCCGGGGUGGUGAGGCCAACGGUGGGUCCUGCCAUGGAAGUGCCCGGUGCUGGCAUAAGAGGGGGAGACAGCUCCAGUCCCAGCACAGCCACAAAAGUCCCAAUCCUGGUUGGCAGUUCUGACAAACACCCUCACUGCUCCAAGGAGCCACUGGAGAAAAAAUGAGGCGCUGGACGCAAACGUGGAUGUAUUAAUAAUCUGUGUGACUGUGCCUGUUAUUCUCUACUAUACUUUGAUGAGCAACUAAGCACAACUUCUCCUGGUUUGGCUGACUCCAAAAACAUCCUGGAGCAGACUUUUCAGAGAUCACGUUGUAUGGAUGCAAACAUUAAAAUAUUUAUUUGACUGUAAAUUAUCAUUGUGAGAAACGGUGAAUAACUGGGGUCCUGUUACCCUCUUUAAAGCACAACUGUGGUCUGUCUACAUGCACUCUUGGACUCGAAUAGAUGGACUAACAUAGAUGCAACAUGUGUGCAACAAACGCCUGUUUGAUAAUGUGAAUUUAAAUAAUCCUGGUACCUCUUGUUUUCAUUAAGAGGACAGUUGCUUUUAUUGUGUUAAUGCAUGAAAACUGAGUGUUUACCUGAUGACAGGACUGAGAAUUUAGCAGCAUUUGAUGGUUAAUGAUGAGCUCAAACCUUCUCAUUGUUUGAUUUUAAAGUAAAAGUGCACUUUAAUAUUAAUCAGCCAUUUUUUUUAGUGUAAAUGUGUGUAGUUUGUUGAUGUGCGAAGGAAAGGAGGACAAGCAUGCUCAGCGACAGAGCAGCAGUUGUCUUACACUCUGUUAGCACAUCUGUAGCGCCAGCAGACAGGGAGCACGCCAGUCCUGUUGUGACAUGUUUUUUAAAACAAUUAAAGAUGUAGUUGCUCAUGUUUCUCUCCUGUUGCCUCUCGCUCCAGCCAUCUGUUCUGAUACAUUAUUUAUCAGCUUCUCUUAAAGCCAAGAGUGGAGAGCAAUUGUCUCUUAUUAUUUAUUUACUUUUAGGAACGCGCUCUCUUCC